GCUCUUCCAGAUCUCAACUUCCGGUGCUCAAGUGAGCAACACACGCUGCUUGAUGUAACGUUAUUUUCUGAUGUUUUUUUUUUUUUUUUUUUUUUUUUUUUAUCGCUCACUGGAAAGGUCAGCCACCGAGAAGACUUGUUCACCAGUAGCAUAUAUGACACUAAAUAUGACACUCUAUUUAGCCUUGCAGGCUAGCCCCGCAGCUGCGUUAGGAGCCAGUUAGCUAGCAGGCAGCCAGCUCGAACAACCAACCACAAUCUGAGGCUCUUUGGCAGCAUGGCGGGUUGAUUCAUUUCAACAGGUGCUACUUGCAAGGCUUGGAAGUUAGCUACAAAUCCAAAGAUCACAUCUCUGCCGGCUGUAAAUGACUGUACUGGAGGCUGUACCUGGAAGCUAAUGUUUUCCUUCUCUCGGCCAGACGCCGCAGUAGCUUUUCGACUGUCGAGCUGCUAGGCUGAGCCUAACAUUUCUGAUUUCAUCUCGUCGUUGUGGACACUUGCCACACGUAUUUGUGUGUCAUGCUCCUCGGCCGCGUCCUGUUCAGUCUCACAUCGACGUGUUUGAGAAGAGCUUGUGUUUUUCACAGUGAGCGGCCAGUCCUGAGGCUGCGUCACUUUUGUAUCAGUUAUUGUUACAACUUCAGUCCAGUUAAGCUGUCUUCACCCCGAAUCAAGGCCAAGCCUGUAAUCAACUCUUAUCAGCUGGCAGAGUGUGACAUGGAGACCUCGGCUGUCACAUCUGAUGAUGACGGUGAUGAAGGUGUGCUCGGACAAGAGAGUGGGAUGGAAGAUGGGGAGCUGAGGAUGAUGAUGGUGACUGCAGGUCAGAUGGAUCCAGUCAGCACAGAGACCCAGCAACAUGUGACUGAGGCAGAGCUGUCCACAGUGACUGCUGCAGACACAUCACGGGAGAAGAAGAUGAACAGGAGGAUGAGGAGGAAGCUGAUGAAGAAAAAGCUAGCGAUGGCUGAAAAUUCAGAGAGUUUGAUGUCAGAGCUUCCGUUUGCCUUGACCAGCCCUACAUCAUGGAAGGAGUUAGGGUUCCCCACCCCGCAGUCAACCCAGAAGAAAAGAAAGAGGAAGAGGGGAGACAGUGGAGGGCGAGUUGACAGUGAGGAAGAUGCGGAGAAGAAGAAGAAGAAAGUGAGCCAGCGACCCAACUACUUUGUGUCCAUCCCCAUCACUAACACACAGAUCAGUUCAGCUGUGAUUGAGGUCCAAGAGGCGGUGCUUCAGCAGGAGCCCCGAUUGGCCAAAGCCAUGAUCCCUGCCCCCAGUCUUCACAUCACGCUAUUAGUCACUCACCUCGCCAGUCAGGAGCAAGUAGACCUGGCGGCAGCUGUGCUGGCCCAGGUCAAGCCGUCAUUGGCUGAGCUGCUGUGUGGGCAGGACUUGGUGCUGUCCUUCUCGGGGAUCGGUCACUUCAGGAAGGAGGUGGUGUUUGUUAGUCUGGCCCCGGGACAACACAGACACACUCUGGAGAGCCUGGCAGAACUAUUGCGGAGCCGUUUUGAGGAGCAGGGUCUUCUACAAGGAGACUGUCGUGGGUUUGAACCCCACCUCACGAUUAUGAAACUGUCCAGAGCUCCAAAACUGCGCUCACAGGGUAUAAAGCGUGUGGACCCAGCCCUUUAUUCCAGCUACACAAACAAGUUUUUUGGAGACCAGAGGGUUGAGCGGGUGGAUCUUUGUUCCAUGUUGAAGAAGAAGCAAGAGGACGGAUACUACCACACUGAGAGUUCACUACAGCUAGAUUUGGUUCAGAGCCCACUCCAUGCCAAACGCACAAGUGCGCGUCACCGCCCAGAGCCCGAUGAGGAGGAGCUGCUGAGGGUCAGCAGGCGACUGGUCGAGGACGCCGUCAAUCGCGCCUUGCAGCAAUACAAACAGGAAACACUUCAGAACGGGGGCGGGCCCAAUGCCGCGGCAGUGCAGCCGGCGAACAGCGCCGAGGAAACCACGGCGAAGAUGGACACUACGGCGAACUCCACCACAGACACCAGGAAGUGACGGCAUCAGACUGGGUCGCAGAGACUGAAAAAGCAGCCGCCCAGAAUAAGUCAGCCGGGCCUGGCUAACCAGGAGAACAGUCAGUACGCCCUGGACAUGAAGCCUGAACCAGCCAGCCAGCCAGCCAACCAGUCAGCCCAGUUUGCUGACCAGCUAAUCCAGCUAGCCAGCCAUGCUAGCCAGCUACAAUAGACAGUCAUUCCAGCGAUCUGUCCCACUUAACCCAGCUAGACACACAUGCUAGUAGAUAAAGUAGCUAGAGGUCUAUGCUAGCUGAUUAUUCUGACAAGCCAGCCAACUAACCUUGCUAGUUAACUCACUAACAACAUCUGACAGUGAGGAUAUCCUCUCCUCAUAUCAGCUAUCGGUCUGUAUGUGCACACAAUACAGUCCUGUAGAGAGACAGUUAAGGCUUAAAGGGAGCAUUAGCUCACUAUUUUACUGUGCCACUCACUUACUGCCCUUUAGGAUUUGAUAAAUUGUAUUAUUUUUGUAGAAAAAUUUGGUUUCCUGUUAUGUGCACUUAAAACAGGACCCAGUAUCCACACACACACACACACACACAAAAUGUGACCGUCACCCUCCAGUUGAUUGUUCUGGGUGCAAUAAAUCUUUUAUUUUAUUUUGAGCAUCAAUCUUCAAAACAUCAGAGCGCAGACGCACUCGUAGACCAGAUGUCUGCCCGUGCGCAUGCGGUAGGCUGCAGGCUGGUGAUCUGUGUGGCUGAAGAGGACGCGUAAGAACAACGGUUCGGCUGAUUUGACUGACUGAGUCGGAGUCGUGACUGGUUGGAUGCCUUCCCGUUGACGUUCAGAUGUGUUGGACUUGGUCUGCGAGAGUUUUUGUUGAUUGGGUUGUGUUGUGCAGCGAGACCAGGUUCAACCCACUUUCAGUUCAUAUUCAAUUGAGGAAAUGAGUCUUUUGUAAAAAAAAAAUUUGCUGUACGUUUGGUAUGAGACGGUCUGUUUGGUGCGAGGUGCUCUACCGUUGCCAUAUGAGUUGCACUUGUUGUCGAUUUGGCCCCGGCUCUGUAAUUAUGUCACAGUUAUAAUCUAUUGACCAGCUGUUUCCGGCUGAGGCCGCACUGAGACAAUCAGAUUAGGACACUAAAAAAAAAAAAAAAAAAGAGUUCUUUUUUUUCCCCAACCAGAAAUUGCAACUCCAUUUAUGUUUUUUAGUGAUGCAUGUGCCAGCUUUUUUUUUUUACCGCCUCCAGAGUGAACUAGGACCUGCAAAGCCCCGUGGAGGAUCUGGGCAUACAAACUGCAUGAAUUUGGUAUCGUUCUAGCACUAAAACAGACAAACACUAACUUUACAGAAGACAUGCAGGUUAGGUGGAUUGGACACAAUAAAUUGAUAAUAAAUCUUAUUGUUUUUGGGCCCCAAAAAGACCAAGAGGUGCUGGCUAGUGACAACCAGAAUAAAGAAUAAAGACCGUACCACCACUGCCACUACAGUAGCCCAGCCCAGUUUUUUGUUUAAAAGUUUGCCAAGUACACGUUCUCACACUAAUAUUUUUGUUAAUGCCCAGGGCAUUUCGUCUUGAUAAAUCAAACCAUCAUUUAUGAGACAGCUUACUACUGGACACAGCUGUUUUUGCAUCAAGCAGCCAAAGUUUUGUCUGAUUAUUUAUGGUUAUAGUCCAAAUUAAUUGAUAUUUGUUGUGCAUAUUUUGUCACUUAUAGAUGAAUUCCAUGUCAAAGUUUCCCAGGGCCGUGCGGUCAGAUUCAUGAUUUAUUUUUCUAUUUUAUUUUGAAAUCCAUUUUUAAAUUAAUUUGGAGUUUUUAAACAGUCUCUCGCAGGUGUGAUGUAAAUGUAUUUUUUCCCAGUGUCUAACGCAGAGCCUCUUUGAGGGUCUGUUUCAUGGAAGGUUUACAGUAUUUCACUAAGUAAGCUGAUCUGAGGAGCUUGUUCGUACAAAUAGAGCAGUAGCAGCCAAGCAAACAUCGGACACAGUUGAUUUUGACGAGGAUGAAGAUCGCGUUCGGCAGACAGUCUAUGCUGUUGCCUGAAAACCUUGCAGCUUUUAAGUUUCUUUCCGGAAUUUCAUCCAGAAGCCAUUCAAAAAUGUGUGGGCGUCAGCGUGAAAUUAAUUACAUUUCUCAAGUUGAAUUUUUGACGACAAGGUUUUCAACUUACAGCAAAAUGUUCAUAACGAUGAGGAUGAUGAUGGUGGCGAUGAUGUGACUGGUUGGCUGUCUGACCACAACAAUAUUAUUAUUAUUAUUAUUUUUUAAACAUUGUUUAUCUGCUUUCAUGCUGAUGCAGCAUAAUAACCGCCAACCCUAUAAGCUUUCUGUUACGCAAAUCAUGUUUGAGUUUCACUAUUUAAAAAAAGCAAGAAAUGAGUUGAUUUUGAAAUUAGUAAAAGCAAAGAGGACGUGGUUUUGCACGUUAAAUUGAAGGGGAAAAAAGCACAAAAUCAUGAUUUUUUUUUUUUUUUUUUAAUUUGGCUUCAAUUUUCAGAGGGGAGGUAAAGCUACAUGCCAUUUCAUCAGAUUACCACUGUUCAAAGUGGCCUUAAUUUACUAAAAUUGAUGUGAUAUAUUGCUUUUGUAUGUGUUUAAGAUGACGGUACUUAGGUAACAUUUAUAGACCUUAGAAAAUAUCGUGUUGGGCUGUGGGGGCAGUGCAAUGGAUAAAAAUAUAUAUACAUUGUCAUAACUGCUGGCCAAAUCAUCCACAUUGCCUCGAAAUGUUACCUCUGUGUCAAGGCCACAAACUUCAGUGAUGUGAUGGUCAAUGAGUUUUAUGAAAUCUUAUGAAACAGCGUCCCACUGUGAUGUUCACUCUCUUGAAUCUAGGAAUGUACACGAUUUGAGAGAGUUGCACUUGGAGCCUUGUUGAGUUCAAUGUGAAAAUCCACCCUAAAUCAGAAUUCAUGUUCUUAUGAAGUUAAAUCAGUUUUUCUCACUCCCUCUUUCAGAAUUUGAGUGGGGACUGUCUUCGCUGAUUCAGUAUGAGGAUUAUUUUCUUGUAGUAUCAAUGGGUGUGAAUGAGGAAAUGAGCUCAUUCUCAUAAAAUCCACCAUCCAAGUGUUGUCAGCGCAGGCGAUGUGCACAAAUUCAGUGUUUUUUUACAUUUAUGUUUCACUGUAGUGUGAAUAACAGCUGAAUUCUGUCUCGGGGUGGAUUUUCUGUAACACACUUUCUGUUGAAGUUUUGAUCUUGUACUGCCACCGGAUCCUUAAUCGCUCCUUAAAAUCCCCUUUAAUACACGUGUUGUUCGACAGCACUGUAUGGCUAGUCUCCGUGUCGAUCUGUGUGUGUGUGUGUGUGUGUGUUUGUGAGACUGUGGGAGUUUGCACUGUGUCUGUGAGAUGUUUGAUCAGCGUUUCCCCUCAGACGUUCUUGUCUCCAUCAGUCAGGACAACUAGGAGCCGUUAGUGUUCGUCUGUCUGCACACAUUUGUCUUUCUUUUCUGUUUGUCCCCAUUUGUCCAUCUGUGUGUCAGUUUGUGUGGGGGUGUGCUGUUGUUUGUACUGUGUUGUAUAUCUUGUUCUGCCAUAUUUCAACAAUAAAACAGGAUAUGAGAUUUGAAACCAA